AGCGCCAAUACUUGAUUUCGAGCGUCUGCCAGCCUUCACAGUUUUGGCAAAAUUUUUACAAAAACAAUGUUUAAAAAAAAAGAUAAUGUUUACUACUCGUAAACAACUUUAUCGAAAAUCGGGUAAAAAGGGAGUAGAUCGCUUCGAAUUCCUUCAAGAGUUGGUUAAUGAAUUCUAUCAAUCGAAUUCUCUUGAAAGCCAAGAACAAGUUUUAGCUAAUUUGGCCAAUUUUGCGUAUGAUCCCUUGAACUAUGAUUAUAUCAGAGAACUCAAAAUAAUUGAAUUGUUCUUAAACGGACUGCAAAGCAGAAAUCCAUUCUUUGUUGAAUACUGUUUGAAGGGUAUUUGUAAUUUGUCCAAUGAUCCCCUGAACCAGCAGAUAAUAUUCAAACACAAUGGACUCAAUCAUAUUAAAGAAUUUGUAAAGUCUGAAAACCCUGAUUUAGUGAAACACGGACUUACUACUUUGAUUUUUCUACUUUCAUCAGCAUUUCCAUCAGAUGUUGCCACUUCCGACUUGAUUGCCCAGAUUCAACUGUUAAAACAUAGUGAAAAUCAAAACAUAAAGAACUUGGCUAACAUUUUCUUAGAAGAGUCAUCUGGCAUCAGUUCAGGCUAACUUGAAAGAAAAUGUUCAUCAAGAGAAUAAAGUGUAUACUCCAGCAGAGCACCAACAUGAAGAUGAAUCUUGCUGAAGGGAUAAACAAAAGAUUUCUUCAAUCAUUCAUUCAGAAAGGCUCCACAGUAGUAGAACUUAAAAAGGUAACUUCUGCAGAUGUGGAAAGUUUUUCCAAGUUGACAGGUGACUU